AUGACAAAAUUAAAGGAAAAGAUAAAAGAAAAGGGAAAGGGGAAAGACAAAGAUUCAGAAUCUGAAUCAGAAGAGUGGUAUUGUCUGAUUCCGCGGAAGUACGUAUUGAAGCAAGGAGCCAUGAAGAGGGUACCUUACGACCCGGAGGCCUUGAAAAAUGCGGUCCAAGCAGUUAAAGAUGGAGCCUGCUUACAAAACCGUCGCAAGAGAAUUUAA